UCGAAGGCUGGGACUCAGUGACCAAAACUUGAGGACAGAAAAAACAAAAGUGUUGCCUGCAAAUCCCCUUGUAGGAUAUUCACACAGUUGAAUCUGAUGGUAAGUAGUGGAGCAGUUUGGUGAAGAGCUACAGUAGUAGAGCACUGUCCAGUCCAGCUCUCUCCUACAGUGGACUACCAGAGGAAACAUUGUCUCCAUGGCCACCGAGGGGAUGUCUAGAGAAGAGGCAGAGGAGUACCAGAAACAGCUGGUGGAGGAAAAGAUGGAGAGAGAUUCAGAGUUCUUGGUAAAGAAGGCUGAGAGGGCUACAUUGAGAACGUGCUUAAGAGACAAAUACAGACUACCAAAGAGUGAACAGGAUGCAAACCUGAUGGAGUCGGCAGGAGACGACAUCGACGUGCCAGAAGAACUACUCAAAAUGGUGGACGAGGACGCCACAGAGGAGGAAGAGAAGGAUUCUAUCCUGGGCCAGAUACAGAACCUACAGAACAUGGACAUGGACCAGAUCAAGGAGAAAGCGUCGGCAACUAUGGUUGAGAUGAAAUCUAAGGCAGAGGAGAAGUGCUGUGUCAUGUGAUGAGAGAAAACAUUGGUUCAGUUGAUUAGUUCCUAAGCACCAAGUUUGACCAAGGAUAUAACUUCCAAGGUUGGACUUCCCUGAAAUAUUCCAGCUUUCCAGUAUUCUAAUCUAGACUGUGGAUUUGGAUUGAUCCGAAACAUGUAUAGUAGACCUUCUACACAGUCUAAAUUGAACCAGUCUUAGGUUGGCUAAUCUGUCAAUAGAGGGUUGAAGAGAUGACUCUUAAUCUGUCUUUCUCAGAAAGCUGUGGGGAAGAGAUCGGGAAAAACAUCACAGGGCUGAGAGGGAGUAAGAGUAUUUUAGUUGUAAUUAAAAAAGGAGUUCUGUUCUUUUUAUAUACAGCAAACCUCAUGUUUUCUUUGCAAGAAAGUACAAUUGGGAGGAGAGAAAAAACAAUGGUAUCAUGGUUAAAAAUGCUCUGAAUUGCUUCGUGUUAAAGACAUCCCUCUGAAUUUUGGGCCUUUGUAAAACAGUGUAUAUAACUGGAUUUGGCAUUUUUGUUUGUAAUAAAUAGAGACGAAUCAUAAGAAGCCCAUGAAAAACAAUCCAUGUCCAGAACUCUUGUUUAUAUAGUGAGACAAUGCCUCCCUGUGGAUAAAGUUAUGACAUCUUUAUUACAUUUAGUAACUGCUCUUAAAGAUCAUCUACAGAAUAUGAAAGAGGCUGGUUAAGAUCGUUUCA